GAUAAUAACACUUUCGGCUUCGAGUCGUGGGACGCUUUCUUUACCCGCGAAUUUCAGGACAAUGUGCGACCCCUUGACCUCACAGCGGAUAUCGUCCACGCUUGCGAAUCUGCUCCACUUCAAUACCCGGUUAGCAAUGUCCAGCUCACAGAUAACUUCAUGGGCAAGAAUCAGGCCUAUUCGCUCCAAAACAUGCUUGAUAAUGACCCCUUGGCUACGAAGUUUGUUGGUGGUACAGUAUACCAAGCCUUCCUCUCAGCUCUCAGCUACCACAAAUGGGUUUGCCCUAUCGAUGGUACCAUUGUCCAAAUCACUCCUGUGCCGGGAACGUACUACUCGGAGAAUAUGUAUCAAGGCUUCUUUGGCGGGAAACCCGACCCGGCCGCUCCGAACCUCUCUCAGCCUUACAUAGCUUCUUUGGCAGCUCGACUGUUAAUAUUCAUCCAGGCUGAUAACGCUGCUAUCGGCCUUAUGUGCUUCAUCGCGAUCGGGAUGGCUGAAGUUUCCUCUUGCGAAGCAUUUGUCAAAGAGGGUCAGCACGUCAAAAGAGGUGACCCGCUGGGCACGUUCCAUUUUGGUGGCUCCAGCCAUUGUUUGGUAUUUGGUCCAAACGUAAAGCUAAACUGGAUUGGCCUUCCGCCUAAGGGUGACAAACGCUGGGAUGACUGGGAGAACUUGAGCAACUACCAUGUCAAAAGCGGGCUUGCUACUGUUUCAUAA